AGUUAUAUAAACAGGGGGAACAAUGAUUUUCACCUCGACGACAGCAGACGACGUGUUCAUUUUGUAAUAAUUCUUGUCUGUACAUACAUACAAGAGCCUAGCUUCUUAAAGGCACUGCACUGACUGAAGGAUAAAGUUGAAGAACUUCGCAGUUAUUCAUCGUAAGGAUAAAGCUUGUUAACUGAACCAGAAUGAAGUUUCCUACGUAUGGAUUUUGUAUUUUGUUUAUAUUUCACGUCGUUAUACAAAUUCAAUCCAAACCGACAGACACCGACAUGACACUAGACGAUGCACUAGCAAAUGUGGAAAACGAAGCUGGUGAUAAAAGAGGUUGGAAUAACCUUUCCGGAAUGUGGGGCAAACGAGGUUGGAACAACUUAUCAGGGAUGUGGGGCAAACGAGGCUCUAGCUGGAACGACUUGUCCGGAAUGUGGGGCAAGCGAGGGUGGAACAAUCUAUCAGAAAUAUUGGGAAAACGAAGCUCUGGAUGGAACAACUUGUCUGGAAUGUGGGGUAAGCGAGGAUGGAAUAACCUGUCAGGAAUGUGGGGGAAAAGAAGCAGUAAAUGGAACAACCUGAAAGGUCUUUGGGGUAAACGAGCCAUAUCUCCGCUUGACGAAGAAAGGAUAGCCUGGGAUAUUGUAGAAUCUGAUAAUUUUCCAUCUGUGAAUCAUCAAUUACUGGCGAACAUUCUCUCCGAGGACUGAGCUGGUAUCUUCGGCGUUUAGUCUCCAAAUCCACAACAUACAAACUUACAUAUGUUCUUGUAGAUUCAUAACUACAAAUAUAAAUUCGAUUAAUCAUAUAAUCUUAAUUUUUCUAACCUCUUUAGAUGAUGAAAUUAGUUGUUGCGUUGCUGUUCAACUUAUGCUGUUGUUCUAUAUAAAUCUAACGGUUUUUUUUUUCAAACAGAACUGUAAACUAAGUAUCUUUUAGUGAUAGUAAAAAACGAUUAUGUGGUAUGAAUGAACUUCUGAUGUAACAAAAAUGAUCAUUAAAAACCUUGAAAGAUUC